UCUUAUUCUUCUUCAAGGAGAACACACUCUCUCUGAACAGCACCAUGACUCUCAUCUCUCUGCUCCUGAUGGCUGCUCUGCUGCCACACCUGAGCCACUCUGCCAGUGUUGAGGUUGGUAUAAUAAAUGGCACAGAGGCUAAACCUCACUCCAGACCCUACAUGGUUUCUCUUCAGAAAAAAGGAAAACACAUCUGUGGUGGUUUUCUUGUGUCUGAAGAAUUCGUCAUGACGGCUGCGCACUGCUGGAAGAAGAAAAAACGACUUACGGCUGUGCUGGGUGCUCAUGAUCUGUCAGACAAGAAAGAGGGUUCCAUCCGCAUGAAAGUAAAGAAUUACUAUCCCCAUCCAAAAUACAACGCCGGCACACAUGACUAUGAUAUCAUGCUUCUGAAGCUACGUGGAAAAGCCAAAAAGAGCAAAACUGUAAAAUGGAUCUCCAUCCCUAAAACAAAGGAGGGCAUCAAGGCCAACUCGGUCUGCAGUGUAGCUGGCUGGGGAAGAACAGGAUCCUUCAAAUCUGGUAGUAAUCGUCUUAUGGAGACCAAAAUUACUAUCGUGGCCAAAAAAAAAUGUAAGAAACUCUGGGAGAACCUUCUGACCCCAAGGAUGAUAUGUGCAGUUCAUCCUGGAGGAUCUUGCAGGGGAGACUCUGGAGGUCCUUUGGUGUGUGGGAAUACUGCUAUGGGCAUUGUUUCCUUCGGUCAGAGGAACAAGUGUGAUGCACCCACGAAGCCAAAGAUUUUUGCCAAAAUAUCUGCAUUUCUGCCCUGGAUCAAGUCCAUUAUUGGGAAAGUUUAAUCUGCAUUUGACGAAAACCAAAGCAUUCACCACAAUUUCAUCUCAAUAAAAGCAUUUUGCAAGCAUUUUA